AUGAGUGUUGAUGCUUACGGACCGAGCUCUCAAACACUCACAUUCUUGGACACUGAGGAAGCGGAUCUUAUCGGAGCUGAUACUCAAGGCUCAGAAUUCGAAUUCACUGACUUCACCCUACCUUCCCAGAGUCAGACACAGGCCUCUCAACAUGACCAUGGCCUGUCAUCAUCAAAUCAGGUGAAUGGGCUAGGGCGUUCAGAUUUGUCAUCAAAAGUUUCAAAUGUGACGAAUGCUAUCGCAGAGUUGCAAUUUGAAGAGGAAGAUGAGGCGUUGUAUAGCAGUAAGGAGUUGCCAGACCACGCUUGUAAAUACUGUGGCAUACAUGAUCCAGCCACUGUUGUCAUGUGCAAUAUUUGCAACAAGUGGUUUUGCAAUGGGCGUGGAAACACAUCGGGGUCUCAUAUCAUCAAUCACUUAGUGCGUGCCAAGCACAAGGAAGCUGCAUUACACCGAGAUGGUCCCCUUGGAGAGACACUGCUGGAGUGCUACUCUUGCGGAGCUAGAAAUGUAUUUGUGUUGGGAUUUAUACCUGCUAAAGCUGAUUCUGUUGUUGUGCUCCUUUGCCGACAACCAUGUGCAGCCCAAAGUUCUCUCAAGGAUAUGAACUGGGAUCAAGAACAAUGGAAGCCUUUGAUUUCGGAUCGAGCCUUUCUAUCUUGGUUGGUAAAAGUACCAUCUGAAGCAGAGCAGAUGAGAGCCCGCCAGGUUACUCCACAACAAAUAGGCCGUCUGGAAGAGCUGUGGCGUGAUAACGUAGAUGCUACAUUUCAAGAUUUGGAAAAACCUGGUGUGGACGAAGAGCCUCAUCAAGUGCUUUUGAGGUAUGAAGAUGGUUAUCAAUAUCAAAACAUCUUUGGGCCACUAGUGAAGCUAGAAGCGGAUUACGACAAGCGUCUCAAGGAAUCGCAAACUCAAGAUGGAAUUGAAGUCCGUUGGGAUGUGGGACUCAAUAAGAAAACAAUAGCUUACUUCACUCUAGCUAAAACUGACAGCGAUAUGAAGCUUAUGCAUGGUGAUGAACUUAGAUUGAGAUAUGUGGGUGAGUUGCACAAAGCGUGGUCAGGCGUGGGCCACGUGAUCAAAGUGCCGGAUAACUACGGCGACGACGUGGGCCUCGAGCUCAAGAGCGGGGCAGGCGCUCCUUUGGACUGCACCUCCAACUUCGUAGUCGAUUUCAUUUGGAAGAGCACUUCAUUUGACAGGAUGCAACUAGCUCUUCGCAAAUUUGCCGUGGACGAUUCUUCUGUGUCGGGAUACAUCUAUCGUCGUCUGCUUGGACAUGAAGUUGAAGAAGUGCUCUUUCGUGUACAUCUACCAAAGCACUUCAGCGCCCCUAAUUUACCUGAUCUCAAUCGUUCUCAGGUAUAUGCUGUCAAGCAUGCCCUUCAGCGCCCUCUUUCCCUAAUUCAAGGACCACCAGGAACGGGUAAAACUGUCACAUCAGCCACCAUUGUGUACCAACUUGUUAGACAGAACAGCGGGCCUGUUCUUGUGUGCGCCCCUUCUAAUACCGCUGUGGAUCAAUUAACUGAGAAAAUUCAUAGAACUGGUCUAAAAGUUGUUAGGCUGUGUGCUAAGUCCCGAGAGGCGAUGGAAUCAUCAGUAUCAUUCUUGGCACUGCACGAACAAGCAAGGGCUUUAGGUUCGGCAGACAGCGAACUUAGAAAGCUGACCAGGUUAAAGGAGGAAGCUGGUGAACUGUCUGCUGCUGAUGAAAGAAGAUAUCGUGCUUUACGUCGUGCCGCAGAACGGCGUAUAUUGGACGCGGCUGAUGUUGUCUGUACCACGUGCGUAGGCGCGGGAGACCCGAGAGUUGCUCGCAUGCGUUUCCAAUCUAUUCUUAUUGACGAAGGCAUGCAAUCUACUGAGCCGGAAUGUAUGGUGCCCGUAGUACUUGGCGCGAGACAACUGAUUCUAGUAGGCGAUCACUGCCAGCUCGGUCCGGUUGUCAUGUGCAAAAAAGCCGCUAAAGCUGGGCUAAGCCAAAGUUUAUUUGAGCGUUUGGUCGUCCUUGGCAUACGUCCUUUCCGUCUGGAAGUCCAAUACCGCAUGCAUCCUGAACUAUCACGUUUCCCAUCGGACUUUUUCUAUGAGGGAUCUCUCCAAAACGGCGUCAGCGCUGAGGAACGUCGUCUGCACAAAAUCGAUUUCCCAUGGCCUAGAGCCGAUCGACCUAUGUUUUUCUACGUGACCCAGGGUCAGGAAGAAAUUGCCGGAUCCGGAACUUCCUAUUUAAAUAGAACUGAAGCUGCAAACGUCGAAAAACUAACAACACGUUUUUUAAAAGCCGGUGUGCGUCCGGAACAGAUCGGUAUCAUCACUCCUUACGAGGGCCAGAGGUCCUACCUCGUGCAACAUAUGCAAUAUCAAGGUAGUCUGCACGCCAAAUUGUACCAGGAGAUCGAAGUCGCCAGCGUCGACGCUUUUCAAGGUAGAGAAAAGGAUAUCAUCAUAAUGUCCUGUGUCAGAUCCAACGAGCACCAAGGAAUAGGGUUCUUGAGCGAUCCGCGUCGUCUCAACGUCGCCUUGACCAGAGCUAAAUACGGUCUCAUAGUGGUCGGCAACCCUAAGGUCCUGAGUAAACAGCCGCUAUGGAAUCACCUGCUCGCGUUCUACAAGGAGCGUCGCGUCCUAACGGAGGGGCCACUCUCCAACUUAAAAGAAUCGGCCAUCCAAUUCGCCAAGCCUAAGAAGCUGGUGAACGCACAAAAUCCCGGUUCUCAUUUCAUGUCGACGUCGAUGUUCGACGCGCGCGAGGCGAUGGUGCCGGGCUCGGUGUACGACCGCGCGCGGCCCCUGCGCGACCCGCUGGCCUACGUGGGCCCCGAGCGCGCCGCCAUGCUGCACGCGCCCGUGCCGCCCGCCGCCUUCUCGGCGCACCGCGGCCUGCAGCGCCCGCCGCUCGGGGCACAGCAGCGCAGCGCCCGGCGCCGGCCCCCGCGCCUGUCGCAGGAGCCGCUGUCGCAGCAGCCGCAGCCGCUGUCGCUGUCGCAGGGCGCCUCGCAGCCGGACUUCAGCCAGGAGUCCGCCGCGCCCGACUGCCCGUCGCAGCCCGACGGGCUCCUGUCGCAGGACUCGACGUACCAGGGCGGGUUCCGGGCGCGCUGCAGCCAGUACUGA